GAGCAAGAGAGCGAGAGAGAGAGAGAGAGGCACUCCUUUUGCAGAGAGAGAGUAGUCCAGAAAGCUUUGGAGCAUUGAAAGAAGAAAGAGGACUCGCUGCUGCCACAUAUCCACAACUCUACAACCAAAGUGAAUACUUGGAAAAAGUUAGAAAAGCGGCCAUGGACGGGAUAACAUUUGGACGCACCUCGCUCCUGUGCACCUUGCUGCUGUGGGGAUUUCAAGUUUGUAGUGGGACUGUGACGGUGAACGUGGCGCCUAAAGUGGAGGUGUUGAAAGGAGAGUCCGCCAAACUGCCCUGCACAUAUAAAUCAUCACCUUCAAGCAACAUCAUUGUUGAGUGGUACAUUGACGAGCAGGGAACCAGGAAGAGAGUGGCGUUAUCCCAUGGUGACCAGAGAAAGAGCGAUGACGACACCCCCCUGUCUGGGCGUGUCACCAUCGGAGAGGACUUCACCUUGACCAUCUCCGCGGUUCAACCCUCCGAUGAGCGUGACUUUUACUGCCAGGUCGCUGCUGGCUCCGCCGGGGUCGGAGAAGGCACCACCAUGCUCCAAGUCUUCUUUGCUCCUGAGAAGCCCGAACUCACAAAGCCUUCAAGUCAGGCAAUCUCUGUGGAUCAGUCUUCCAGCUCUCAGAUUGGUACCUGUGUGGCGAUGAACGGACACCCCCAGCCAAGAAUUAUCUGGUUCAAAGAUGACCAGCCCCUUCCCGAGAUCAAGGACAGGGCUGAGAAGACCCACAUGGUUCCCUCUGUGGUGAAGGAGGCAUCCGGUCUGAAAACGGCCACAAACACCCUGUACAUGCAGCCCACCAGGGCAGACAAGGACUCUGUGUUCCACUGCGUCGUUGAGUACAGCAUGCCAGGGGACCAGAUCAUGCAGAAGAUGUCCAACACCAUCACCAUCAACCUCAACUAUCGCUCUGAGAAAGCGACCUUUUCCCUACUCAACACUGAUCCAGUCAAAGAGGGCGAUGCUGUUACCAUGAAGUGUGAGACCGACGGAAACCCUCAGCCUGAGUUUGAAUUCACUCACGAUGAUAAUUUCGUCAAAGGCGAGAGUGGUGUCCUGAAACUCAAAUCUGUCAAGCGCACAGAUGCUGGUGUCUACCUGUGCAAAGCCACUGAUUACGAUAACCUGGACGCUGACCUAAGUGGAACCAUCAUCCUUAAUGUCAACUACCUCGACCCUGUGAGCGUGACCCCCGCCGAGCCUCAAGUAGUCAUGCUCGGAGACAAGGUGGAGUGGCAGUGUAAGACCAAGGGCUCCGCUACACACACCGUUCAGUGGAAAAAGGGCUCUGAGGUGCUCUCACAGGACGGUACUCUGGCGAUACAAGCCGCUUCCUAUGAAAAAGCUGGAGAGUAUGUGUGUGUUGGCGCCGUGCCAUCUGUGCCCGGACUGACGGCCAUGGCUAGUGUCAACCUCACUGUCAAAGGAAAGCCGAUGAUCGAGACUCCGGCUGUUGGAGAGGUUUCAAAGGAAGGAGACAUGGUGACUCUGAAGUGCGCUGCCUACGGCGUUCCUGCCCCUCAGUUCACCUGGAAGCCCUCAGGAAAAGAGUCUGUAUCAGUAGAAGGUGGCAAGGUGGUCAGCACAGUGACUCUGGAGGCCACGCCCGAGGUCAUGAAGGACGGGGUGAAAUGCGAGGUCUCCAACGAGCACGGAAAAACCAGCGAGACCUUCCUGGUAUCUCUCAAAAGAGCAAUUGGCAACUCAGCCGACAGAGCUGACAAGCAGCAGGGAGGCUCCAGUGGCGUGGUGGUAGCCGUGGUGGUGUGUGUGCUGCUGCUGCUGCUGAUGGUGGCACUCAUCUACUUCCUGAACAAGAAGAGCAAGCUGCCCUGCGGCAAGAAGGACAAGAAGGACAUGGCCGGUGGAGAGGUCAACAACGACAUCGUGGUGGAGAUGAAGACAGACAAGGCCAACGAGGAGGCCGGUCUCCUCAACAAGAGACCCUCUACAGAUAAGUGAUGAAACAAGACAAUGAUAGAAACCGACCGAGGGAUGAAGGGAAGGAGGAGCGCAGAUAUGAAGACAACAGGGCUAUUUUUAAUUCACUUCACAAGACUGGACAUCGAGAGGUGGAACAUGGACAUUUGUUUUGGGACCUCGGGCAGCACAUCAUGUUUGGCUUUAGCUAUGCUUUGUUUUUAUAACCUGCAGUAGACCUUUAUGAAUGGAGUUCUUUUAUUUUUUAUUUUUAGAGAUAUGUUUCACCGUGAAGAUUUGACUCCAUUCAUUGAUGCUACUACAGGUUGAAAAAACCAUGUGCAAAAUCACAAUGUGACGUCACUGGAUGAUAUUAUUGUUAUUAUUAUUAUUAUGGCUUUCUUUGGGUUCUUCUUCACCAAUCACAUCUUUGGUUGACUCCUCGACAGAAUAGAGCUGGACAGAAAAGCCUGGCUGACACAAUCCAAACACAGUGGCAACAUCUUUCUUAUCUACCCCAAAUUAAACACAAAAUGCCAUUACGCCACUGUGUUUUCCUCUGGUGUGUGUGUGUGUGCGUCUAUUCUGCCUUGGGGUCUGCACUUAAAUUCUGUCCUCUGUGGGUAUAUUGGGGAAAAUGUAUCACGCAUUGCCAUUUUGUUUUUUUACUCACCUCAAUAACAAGUGAUGAUUUACGAUCACAACCUUUAAUCUCGCAGCCCAUUGUUUGGCACACGCUGCUGUUACAUUUCCGCUCAAAGAAGCUCGGUGUUUGCUUUAGCGCUGUGUGUUUAAUUGCAUUUUUUGCCACCUGUGAAUAGUUUUUUUUACAAAUUAGUUUUCCGUUUAGACAGCCCAGGCAUUUAAUAACACCUUUCUUAAAUUGCUUGCCUUAUUCAAUCCAGCAAGAACUCGUCCAAACAAGCAAGAUGUUAGGUUGUACAAAUUUGUUCUCGCCCGCAUACUUGUAAAUGUUGUUAGUACAUGUUUUUUUUCCACAUUGCUCGGCUGUUUCUUUCCUGUAAAUUCAAAUACUACUAUUAACCUGUCUGUCAAGCAGGAGGUACUGAGCAUGAGGGGGAGUUCAAAGUGUCUGCGGUUACUAAACUGCUGGCACAGGACCGUAAUAGCUACUAUUUCUAACCAAGUGUUUUUGCCACCUUUUUACUCCUCUCCUCCUGGGAUGAAACAAGCACAGCAAGCAGCAUUUCUGCCCAGAUCGCUCGACUAUUAUCGGCUUUCACUGUAAAUGUGUUGGAAUUUGGUAAAGUGGUCGAAAAAUGGGAUUUUUUGUGACAGAAAAAUGGGCCUCUCACAGGGGCUGCAGUUACAGAUUCACCUGUUAGGAAAAAUAACUGGUUCACACUAGUUUGAUACAAGCAGGGACGGGAAGGCGUGGGAGGGAUGGGGGUGGUGGGUGGUGGGAGUUGUUGCUGGAGUAGGUGAUGUACCUUUUUUAUUUGUACCAAAUGGAAGAGUUUUGAGUGUCAAAGCAGAAGUGUUUGUGUUUUGUAGGUGCGCAAUACUGCCAUUUUGUUUCCCCCCUACACUGUCAGCAGGCCAGAGAAGCAUUUUAACCCUUUUACUUUGUUGUACACUGGAACCAAUGGCCUUGAUUGUUUUAAAGAAUGUCACCUCAAACCACUAUCUCCAACCACAAGGCUCGUUUUACUUUGUAAUGUCUGUCUACUGAUCUCGCCAUAUUGACUGUUAGCAAGCCUGUGAUGGUAGGCAAAGAUAGAUACCUGAACGUCUUCUUUUGUUUUUACUGUUUUAUAUAAAAUAUUGUGGUAUAAAAGUUUUUGUUUUUUUUUAGAAAGGGGGAUUCCUAAUUUUGGAACUACUGAGUUUUCAUUUUUCCCAUGCUUUUCCACUCGCUCUGAGAGAAGAGAGAAUUGUUGGUGUUUUUUAUUUAGGAUUCUUUUUUUAGGUGAUAUUCUCAGUGCUUUACUUCUCUCUCUCUCUCUCACUCUCUCUCUCUCUCUCUCUCUCUCUCUCUCUCUCUCUCUCUCUCUCUCUCUCUCUCUCUCUCUGUACUGUAUACUGUAUAUUUUGUGGUACGCUGUUGUGACCUCUGUGGUGUGUUGAUGUAUCUUUUUAUUUCGUUCCAGCUGUUUAGAAUUUAUAAUGAAACAAAACUCAAGAAAAACCAAUCACAACA